AUGCAUUCGUGUUUAAUAUUAUUGACUCUGUGGUCUUAUUUCGGAGAUUGUACACAACCUUAUUUUCCACGUCAAGUUGUUUUUUCAUCAGAUGGUGGUUUAAUAGUAGCAAUUGAUGAAAUAAAUCAACGAGCUUAUCAAACACUUAAUUAUACUUCAACAGAACAGCAUACAUCUUUUGUAAUGCAACAUUUUCCAUAUGCAGUUCCCGAUUCACCACAAUCAAAAUAUUACGUUCAAUUAUUAUUACAAACUCCUCCAUCACUUGGUUGUCAAUAUGGAACAUAUUGGAAAUAUGGUGAACAAAAUUUUAAUGAUUUUCCAGUGCAUUGGUGGGUUAAUGAAAGUUCAUUUGAAAUAAAAAAUUAUAUAAACUUCAAUUCUGGAAUGAUACAUUCGAAGAAUGCUUCGUCUAUAGAUGAAGAUUACUGGUAUUCAAAUGAAACAUGUAUGCUGGAAGAUAAAGAAAUUUUACCAUGUGAAGAAAUUUAUUUUAAAAAGAAUACAGAAAUUCCACUUCGAUCUACUGUAGUUGUUCGUUAUGGAAUGCAAGUUAUUCAAGAAAUAACAAAUUAUAAAAUAAUAUCAAUAGGAAAACCAGAUGAGAAAUAUUUUGAUUUAAUACCAAAAAAUUGGUCUGUUGUAUGCCAAGAUGCAAAUCUUGGAAUUAUAUAUAAUCCCGAAGCAGUUACAAUAGAUUCUAAUCGAAGUUCAGAUAUUCAUAUUUCUCUUACUGCUCCUCCACAUCGAAUUAAUGGAAAUGAUACGGUUCGAAUUCGAUGGAAAGUUACACAAUGUAAAACUUGUUUUAAAUGGAUACCUGAACAAUUGUAUUUUAAUAGUAAAAAUUUUCAAACUACACAAAUAUUAACAAUAAUACGGAUUAAAAAUGGUCCACUAGCAAAGAUGUUCCCUAUUUUUAAGGGUGGUGGUUUUGAUUCUAUUUCAACGGAUGAUUAUUCUAUUAUUAUUACAUAG